AUGGAACGGCACGCAGAACGAUUGGAAGAGAACCGAAAACCAUCUCCUGUUCCCGUUAUCAAACAAGACCAGCAUCUAAUCGCGGUCGUCAAUAGUCUGCUGGACAGCUUAAACGACAAGGAGGAGCUGCUGCGUAGUACGACGGAAGCAUCCCUGAUCCGCAUUGCCAAGCGACGGCACGAUGAAAUCGUAGAAGUGUUCUGUGAAUACAGAAAGAAACAUCCAAAGCUGGGUGACACACACACUCUAAUCAUACUGAGAGUGAUAUCCUAUAUAGCGACCAACUUGAUCGACGUGAUCGAUCCCAAUACGGCCUCGAAAUGCAUCCAGUACAGCAUGGCAGAAAUAAUGAAGAUCACCGAGCAGAAUACCGCCGUACAAAAUCCCUGCCGGGAAAUACUGGUCGCGGUCGGGCGCCGAUACUGCAAGGAAAUCAUGGAGAUCUUUGUGAAACAUCUGGAACAGAAUCAGCUCGGUAACUUCAUGAUCAUGCAAUCGGUGGGAGCGCUUGCGACGGCAAACACCAUGGAUACGGUGCCGUACAUUAAGCCUAUUCUAGGCCUUAUUCUUCCCACACUGUCCAUCGUGAAGCAAGACUUCCUUCGUCAAGCGUACGCGUACGCGAUAGGACGGUUCUGUGAAGCAUUUUCCGAAUACCAGGAGUACCAAAGGCAAAACCCAAACGAAGAGAUACCGAUGAAAACGGGUGUACGGUACGAAAUUCACGACGAGGUAUCGAUCGUGUAUGAUCACUUUCACGCCCAUUGGCUAUCGUCGCGCGAACCAAAGAUCACCGGUGAGGUUUUGAAUGCGUUUUCCUUCAUGUAUCCGCUGCUUCCUGUCGAGCGGAUUAGUGACAAUCUCUCGAAAACCGUCACAAGUGUGUUGGCACUGUACAGGAAAAGCCUGGACCGGAGCGCUAUCACGCAGUACCUGGCGGCGAUUAUAAAAACGGUACUGGAGCUUGACUCAAAGUUGCUAGCCCCUAUGUCGGACAAUCUGGUCGCCUGUCUGUUUGAGCUGGUGUGCGUAAAUCCCGACUACGACAAACCGCAAACGGUAAAGGGACACUUUGAGGUGUUGCGGUGUUUCGAUCUGCUCGCGCCAGAGUAUGGUGACAAGAUUAUCGAGAUACUGCUCAUCCAUCUGCGCAACAACAACGAGCGGGAACGCAUCAAAUCGCUCCUGGUGGUGACACAUCUAACUAACACUUCCGAACCGGUCGUGCGCGAUAAGCUGUCGGAGAUUACGGCAAUACUGAAGGGUAUGCUAGCGACGGAAAAACCAAUCAAGGUGAAGAUUGUACUGCUGAAGACGGUGGUUGCGUUCAUGCAGAAGAACUUUGUGCGCGAUCGCGAGUUUGUCACGUUUCUCAUACGCAGCAACUGUCGGCCGAGCAAGAUUAAUCUCGACCAUGGCAGUGCGGAUGAGCAUCAGGAGUUUCAGCGUGCGUGCAACGAUACGAUGCACAUACUUUCGUCCACCGUCGGUACGGUGGACCAUAUGCUGAAGGUGGAGCUGCUGCAGGCGUACCUACGCUACGAGUUUACCGACAUAUGCGGUACGAUCGGGAAGUGUCUUGCAAACUUGUUUACGAAAGAUCCAGAGUUGGCCCUAGCGACCGAAUCUCAGAAUCCGUUCGACGAGAGUGCUUCCGAAACGGAGCCCGAACAACCACCGCCACGUCCAAUUUCCGUGUUCGUGCGCACGCUUGCACUGCUCGGGAAUUACAGCGAGUUGAGUCGUAUUCAGCAUCUGCUAGCGUUUCUCAAAAGCUACGCCGGCAGCCUUUACCGUCACUUGGUACCGCUGUGGAGUGAGCAGUUGAGUAGGCUGCAGACGGAGCUAGCCAGCGGUAUCGAUGAGCGGCGCUACUUUGAGUUGUUGUUUGGCUUCGUCCAGGAAACAAUCCGCGAUGUGGAUGAGUACAAGUUCGUGGAAAGCAUCAUCGCCGAAAUGUUCCAUCAAUUGCCACUCUAUCAACCGAUCGGUAGCGGUGCUGGUGGCGGUGGCGGUGGUGGAACAGGCGGCACCCAAACGGUAGAGUACCGCGUGCCCCCGCUGGAUCAGGAGAAGCGCAUGCUGGUGAAGGUGUUUGGUGUGUGUCUGUGUCACUCCCUGGAUGAGCAUCUGAUAACGAACAAGCUGGAUCUGAUCAUCGCAUUGGCAAAGGCGGAAAAGGGCGAAAAGAACGCACCAAGCGAAGAGUACGAGCGGUUGAUGCAGGACUACGCGGAAGCACUCGGUUACGCAUCGGUCGAACAUCUCGACAAGGUAAUGGCCAAGCUGACCGCACUCGUGAUCGAUGAGGGUGCGGUGAAAAAGUCGAGCAGCUUCUUCUCGAACCUGAACUUCAUCAAGGAUAGUGCGCGCGAGCUGGAAGCGUACAAGCUGAAGGUACUGGCACUACAGUCGUUGCACGUGAUUGUUGGACGAGCGCCGAAGGACACGGUCGCGCUACACUUUACCGAUUCGGUCGUGAGAUAUCUGAUCGCGCAGUUCGACAGCAAGGAGCUGUUUGUGCGUCAGUUGGUGUUGAAGACUUUGCUCGCGCUAACCGCCGAACUGUCACCAGCGGAUGGUGAUGAGCGCAUGACCAGCGAACGCAACCGGACCGAUCUGCACCGGAUCUGCAUGACCAUCACGACCGACAGUGCAAACGAAUAUCUACCGCUGUUGCCCUCGAUUAUACAGCUUGCGACGGUACUGGUGAAGCUGAGUGCCGAGGAGCAAAACCUUGACGUGAACGGGUUGCUGAAUGCGAUCUGUUUCUACUUUUUCACCACCGCCCAGAAUCUGAAAUCCCGGCUGGACUCUACCGAGGAUGAUACGCGCACUAGCUAUCUGGCACGGUUUCUUAACCUUUCCCUCCCGGAGGUGAACCACUUCAUCAAGACGGUGCUGGUGCAGCAGAAUGCAUCGCCCGCCUGUUUGGACGAUGUGCACUCGAUACUGGAGAAGUGGCUGAAGGAUCGGAACGGCGAGGUGCGUAUCUGCGCGUGCCACGUGUACAACAGCACGCUCGAGGUGUAUAUGCGUUCGAUGAAGAUCGGAUGCGAGGCACCGUCCAAGUUUAACCAGACCGGCAGCAUGCUUGGCAAGAUCAUACCACGCUGCAUCGACUCGAACGCGACCGUACGGCAAACGGCGGUGGAUGUGCUGAAAAAGAUUCUCGAGAUUGCGUGCGUGUACGAGACGCUUACUGUCGCGGACAGCAGCGUCGAGUGGGUGAACGAACUCGACCGGAUACGGGACGAGAUCGUUACGGACGAUGCGAAGGAUAUCUAUCGCAUUGCGGCGGAACUGGCGCGCAUCAUCGCCCAGCGGCUGUCCAGCUACCAGUAUGUGCAGUUUAGCAAAUGCUUGCUGUACAGCGUGACCGAUCCGGAAUCGAGUUCCGUCAUUGGUGCGUCGUACGUGCUGAAAUUCUUCAUGCACGUCAAGGGCUCGGAAAUGUUCCACGCUAUACCAGAGCUGGUGAAGGAAUGUCUCUAUGCUGUGAAAAUUUGUGAAGUACCGCGGGCCAAAACAACAAUAUUGAAGUCGAUUCUAGCCUUAACGAAACACCACCCAAAGCUAGUGUGCAAUGAGAUUCUCUCGCAAUGUUUACCACUUGAAGAUCACGUCAUUGAGUACUGGAAAACACUUACAAUGGAUCCAGAUUUGAGUGGUAUUGUUCUGGAUAAUUUUAUUGGCGCAGUUACCUCCACCAGUCUGUACGAACAGCCACAGCAGCAACAGCCGGAAACGAAUGAUGAAGCAACGCGUACCGCCACACUGCACCCGUUCGCGAUCGUUUGUGUGCUGCGGGAGAUGUUCCGCUGUCCGGAGUUGAAGAAUGAAAUGCAAACCCGGUUUGCGGAGAUUUUUUGCAUGCUGCUAUCAACACUCGCCUCCUACAUAACGCUGUUACCACCCUACACUGUACUCGCCCAACCGGGUACCGCGGGCAACGUGACGAUACCGAAAGGCAACCGUCGUGGAGCGAAGGGAACGGUGGGCGGUGGCAAGGACACCGCGCUCAAGCUUAGCCCGUGCCAGAUGGUGUUGGAAGCGUUCCAAACGUUCCUCGACACGCUAGGGAUGCAGCAGAUUUCGCUCGUACUUGCCGUCUGUCCGGACUUGGCAGCUAGCACCGAUCUGAACAGCUUCAUCGAAAUACUGACACCGCUCGGUGUCGCAACCGCCAGUGAGGUGGGCAUCAACUCGGCCCUUAUGCGCCAGAUCGUAACGACCAUGAGCCGGUACGUGAGCAGCCCGUACGAUACGCAGCGGAUCGCUUCGGCCGGCUUCUACGCACAUCUGGUGCCGCUACAACCGUGCGGUGAGUCGGCCUCGGUCAUUAUGCUCAGCCUCGAGUCAUCACUGAACGAUCCGAAUCCACUCGUCCGCGGGCUCAGCAUUCGCGGCAUGGCGUAUGUGUGCAGCCUAACCCGGCACGACAUCGACAAAUAUGCCACGAUGUGUUUGACGUCGCUGUUGAAGGGUAUCGAGGAUUACAACGAACACUGCUUCAUCAACAUCCCGCUGGAUAGUAUGCGGGGAUUGUCCCGCGUGCUGCAGGCGAUCGAACCGGCCAAGUUUGAACCGUUCCAGGUGUCGUCCGCCAUUCGCAUUCGACCAUUUUUCGAGAAAAAUUCCACGGAAUUGCGCGAAUCGGCCAUCCUGCUGUUUGGUGAUAUAUGCGGGCUGAAGCUAAAGCAGCUGGUGAUCGAUGCGGAUGGACAGCACGAGACCAUUUCGGAAUUGUUGAUGGAGCAGCUACGCGCCAAUCUCUGUACGCUGCUGCUGCACCUGUGCGAACAGAACAGUAUGAUUGCCCGUGCGUGUAAGAUCACGCUGAAGAAUGUGUGCGCAUUGCUCGGUACGGCAAAGAUGAAUGCACUAGCACAAAACCAUCUGCUGGAACACGGUCAACUGCAGUGUGCCAACUUCCUGAAGGAUUUUGUUAAACUCAUCGGUGAAGAAUUACAAGAUUGGAUCAACGACUUUAUCGACGCAUGUUUACCAAUGUUGCGAAGUCAAUGGCCAGAAAUACGAGGGAACGCUGCAAUACUUAUUGGAUUACUUCAUUGUCAGAAUGCGAACGUUAAGUGUCAACAUAUGGAACAGAUUGGCCACAAAAUAUCUCUUUUGCUGAAGGACGAAUGCACGACGGUGAAAGUAAGUGGUUCUGAAGCACUCGGUUAUAUUUACGGUGAGGUGUGA